GCUUCACUGUGUGAAUCUGGUUUAGCCUGUUACUGAGUAACUGUGGGAUGAGUUCGCUGUAGAAAUCGGUCUAGUUUUGUUUAUUAAACUCAAUAUUGUACAUAAUUAUAGCUUAAACAAAUAAUGCGAAGAGUCACGCUUUUUGUCAACGGCUCCUCCAAAAAUGGAAAGGUUGUAGCAGUAUAUGGCACUCUGUCGGAUCUCUUAUCCGUUGCCAGCAAUAAACUGGGAAUCAGGGCUAGUAAUCUGUACAAUGGCAAGGGAGGCCUCAUUGAUGAUAUAGCCCUCAUUAGAGAUGAUGAUGUGUUAUAUGUGUCUGAGGGAGACUCCUUUGUCGAUCCUCAGACUGAGGAAAAGGCUGCAGAGGACUCUUCAAGCUGCCACACUGAUUGGUUGACUUUAAAUAUUGGUGGGCGUCUCUUCACGACCACACGGAGCACUCUUGUGAGUAAGGAGCCGGACAGCAUGCUGGCUCAUAUGUUUAGAGAAAAGGAUGUGUGGGGCAACAAGCAAGAUGAGCGAGGUGCCUACCUCAUUGACCGCAGUCCUGAGUACUUUGAGCCUAUUCUAAACUACCUGCGACAUGGUCAACUUAUUGUCAAUGAAGGAAUCAACUUGCUGGGCGUACUGGAAGAAGCUCGGUUCUUUGGAAUUGAGCAACUUGCUGAACAGCUGGAAGUUGCAAUUAAGAACUCUCAUCCUCCUGAGGAUCACUCUCCCAUCUCCCGAAAAGAGUUUGUACGGUUUUUACUGGCCACGCCUACCAAGUCAGAACUGCGUUGUCAGGGUCUGAAUUUCAGUGGGGCGGACCUUUCUAGACUGGAUCUGCGCUAUAUCAAUUUCAAGAUGGCUAACUUGAGCCGCUGUAAUCUCACCUACGCAAACCUAUGCUGCUCCAACCUGGAGAGGGCGGACCUUUCUGGGGCAAACCUGGAUGGUGCUAAUUUGCAGGGGGUUAAGAUGUUGUGCUCUAAUGCUGAGGGGGCCUCCCUAAAGGGCUGCAACUUCGAGGACCCGUCUGGACUCAAAGCCAACCUGGAGGGUGCCAAUCUGAAGGGGGUGGACAUGGAGGGCAGUCAGAUGACUGGUAUAAACCUGCGUGUGGCUACACUGAAGAAUGCAAAGCUAAAGAACUGCAACCUGCGAGGCGCCACAUUAGCAGGCACUGAUCUAGAGAACUGUGACCUAUCAGGCUGUGAUCUACAGGAAGCUAACCUGCGUGGCUCAAACGUGAAGGGAGCCAUUUUUGAAGAGAUGCUGACUCCAUUGCACAUGUCCCAGAGUGUGAGAUAACCACACUGUACUACCCCCUGUGCUCUCAGCGCCCAGACGGCCUGUCCCUUUGGAACCGUAUGCAAUAUAGCCCUCCACCCCCGACCUUCCAAGCUUUACUCUCUUGCACUAGUGCACAUCCAGGGUCUUUAAUUGGCGAAAGCCUCUUGUAGGAUUCCAAAUAUUUCAGUGUCCAUCUUUUGACCAUUUGUUAUACCAAAUGCCGUCGUGUGUGUCAGUGUAUUUAUAUUUAUGUCGGAUUCAAUCCAGAGGGGAGGCAGCUUCCCAGACACAAAUGAAGUGUAGCUGUGCACUAGUCAUGUACACGUGUACAUCCUCCUGGAAACCAACCCUUAAGUGUUAGACAUGUGUCAGGUUUGGGUGAAUGUAAACUCUCUUGUUUUCCUUUUGAUUGUGGAAGUAAGCAUAUUUAGGAAGAUGAAUACAACCAAAUAUCUAUUGCGUUUAUCUAUUUUAGUUUUAGAAAGAAAAUAUAUUCAUAUAUUCACAGUAUACUACAUAGUAAAAGAUUUACUAUGCAUUAUAUCUAUACUAUAUAGUGUAUAUAUUGUAAAAUAUACUAUAUUUUACAUAUGUUGUGUAUACUACAUAUGGUAUGUGUGUAUAUAUAUAUAAUACAGUAUACGUUAUACUGUGUGUAUAUAUAGCAUAUUGUACGCACAAUCAAGUCUCAAUAUUAGGAAUACCACCUUGUUACUACACUAAUUGUCCAUUUUUGUUUAAUCUCUACUGAUCACAUAGGAUCACACUGUAGUUUUAUGAUUAAUUUGUUGCUCUGCUUACUUUAUUAUACACAUUUCACCAUGUUAUUCCAUGGUCAGGACCCCACAGGACCAUCAUGAAGCGGGAAUUAUUCGGACGGUGGGUCAUUCUUAGCACAUAUUUGUGUUGAUCAUCCUUUAGUCCUUCAUUAGUGAUCACAGGACGCUGCCCACAAGACACCUUUGGCUGGAUAUUUGCUGACUGCUUUGACUCAUAUUCCCGCAGUGACACUGACUGUGCGCGUCCACUGGCACUUAAGCCCCAAAGCAUCCUACUCAUUUCAAUGGAGAGAGCCGCCGCAUGACGCGGUGCAUGCUGGGUUGCGUUGCGUUGAGCGCAGCCUCGCCCUCCGGCAAGAAAGUUGAGCAGAUCUCAACUUUAUUCAAAUGAAUCCGGCCGCCGCGCUGCGUCCAGCCAAUCGGGGAACAGCAGGCUGCCACGCCACACACAUACGAGCCUCACACACAGAACAGGUGCCUUUCAAACACAGAAGAGAGACUAAAAAUGGCAGAAUAUGGAUUUAUACCACUAUGGAUCACAGUGAGGUUUACUAAAAAUGUAAAAUCUUAAACUUAUGAUUGACUACAUCUGUUGCUUCAUUUAAAUUCAAAAACGUCACGGACACGCCCACACGCGGAGAGCCGAGAGAGCCGGCAUGGCGACAUACGUUAAAGAAAAGUGCUAGUGGACGCGCACCGUGGGGUGUUUAAAAACUCCCAACAGCACUGCUGUCUGAAUUUACACCUCAUGCACCACCACCACAAACCUGCCAACAAGUACACAUUUUGUGUAGCAGGCAUGCAUUUUAACCUUCUAGUACGGUUCUAUGUUCUAAAGUGCACAUAUUGAUCUUCCAUUUCGCCAAUUUUAGUCAGGUUUUCACUUAAGUGCAUUUUGCCGCUGAACCACAAAGAUCUGAGUUUCAGCCAAUCGGAGUGCUUUGUUUUCAACUCCAACACCCGCCCUGCCCCGCCUCAUGCCCCUACUUUGCACUCAGAGACCUUAUUAAUGGUGGGAAUGAGGAGUGUGUUAGUGGGUGCCCUUGCUGGUUAUUGCGUGGGCAGUUAGCACAGAGGCUAAUCCGGCAAGCUACCUGUAGAGCCAUCAACUACCUUCAUUCACGCUUCAUUUUCCUCCAAACUGUCAACACACAAUGUCUUUGUCACCGUCGCUAAAAAUCUCUCUCUCUCUCUCUCUCUCUCUCUCUCUCUCACUCUCUCUCUUUCUCGCUCUCGCACGCUCAUGCACACAGCUGAUGGCAUGGUUCCAAGUUGUUGAAGGUUAAAUAUGCAGCUCCAUUAUCAUGUAUAUCCAAUAUUAAACCUCUCAGUUAAUCCCAGUAUUUUAGCACAUUACAAUAUGCUAAUUUAAAAUGCAUCAAAACUACCUAGAGAUAUUAUAAUACAGUAAAAAAAAAGCAUUUAGUCUGAUAGGCCUGUACCACACUACACUAUUAUUACUGUCUAUCUACUAACAAUACAGUAAAAUACCAGCAUUUAAAAAAUAUGCCAGCCACACCAUAUUAUUGUGAUUAAUACAGCUCAUUUUUAAAUGGUAGACACCUCUAAUAAAAAUGCAUCUUUUAAUUUUGCCAAUCUUAUGCUGCUGUUGUUGGGUAGUUCCUGCGGCACUAUCUGUGGUGGUCCUGUUGAGUCCCGUCCAUUUGAAAAACGGGGUAAAAGGAGGACAAUAAAGAAGGCAAAGGAAGAUAUGCGCAAUAGAGCUGAUGAGAUAGUGAGACAGUGAGUGUAGAAUCAGGGAGGUGAUCAUAAUAUUGUGACUUGACUGUGUAUGUAAUGUACAUUUAUUUAAUGUAUAGAUCUAUAAAAUAUACUAUAUGUUUCCUUCAGACUCUUUGGCUUAAAAGUCGCAUCUUGUCUUUUUUAUGCAUAGUUGCUUUAGUGCUGAGCUUUAAGGAUUAAACCGUAGCUCUUUAUACCAGGAAAAGUACAUCAGAGCAUUAUGUUUCUGUCUUCUCUGUCACUGGCAUAUUAGUAAAUUAGUGGAAAUUUCAGAACUUUGGAAUAUUUAAGGAAUAUUAUCUCUCGUUCAGUUAAAACUGAGGAAAUAUAUCAAGGCAGAGUAGCUCUCUUUCUUUGAUGCUUUACUGUAGUCAGGAUAAGUGAGUGCAUUGCUUCAUUGUAAAAUUUACGUGUACUGGAGGUUCAGUUUGAAGCCAUAUUCUAUCAUGCAUGUUUAAGAAAGGCAACAUGAUAUUAUCGGUGUAGCAUUUUAAUGACAGAUGUGAUUAGUAGCUUCCAUGACCUCAUCAUAUUACCAUUGCAUUUCAUAGGUUAGGCACUAAAUGAAAUAUGCAAUAUAGGAUAAAUGUUAUUAAUGCCCUUAAACAGCUGGAUUUUUUUUUUGUUUUUUGUUUUGUUUCUCGGUUUGUUCCAAAUCUACCUCCCACUUGGGAUUCUGACUGUUUGGCUGUUGUCAGUGCUGUGUAAUUCUAUUUGAUUAUUAUUUUACAGUCGUGUUUGUUGGCUCUGAAUGAACAGAAGACACAAAGCAUAGAAGGAAAGAUUUACCAAAUUGUUGUUGUAUAAUUUUUUAUUUUUUAUUCCAUUGGCCAUCAGCUUGUAGUAUAGUGAGAGCUGGCCUACUUGGCUGUGAAUUAAUAUCCAGAACAAAUAAUUGAUUAACCAGUAGCUGGAAACCACAAGUUUGAAAUAAUUGUUGGCUUAUAUGUGACGUUUAUUUUUUUCCUCUAUUCUUUUUCGCUAUUCUAUUUAAAACGUGAUCUUUGUUUUCUCAACACCAAAAAGCUUUGAAUGGGAUGCUUACCCUUAUCCAUGUUGGAUAUUGUGCUUCCCUAAGCAUCAUCAUAUAGAACUUUUGUUUUUUGUUGUAUGGUGUGCUUUUACAAAUACAAAAUGGGAUUCAAAUUGUUCUUUGUUUGAUGUCAUAAAGAACCAUGUCAGUAUAUUUGUCAAGUGAAGUAAUUGGUCCUUUACAGGCCCUAAAAGGUGGUUUUUCUAUGGCUUUAACCAAACAACCAUUUGAAGCACGUUUAUCGAGUCAUAUGCCCAUUUUGACAGGCCCUAUAUCGUUGUCAUUGACAGCAUUAGCUCACAUCAAUAUGUGGUUGCGUACGUGGCCAUUUAGCACUUAUUUAAUAUAUCAAAAUAUAUAUUGCUUAUUUAUUGUCUGUUACUCAAAUCGAACAGUAGCUUUGUUCAGUCUUUACUGUCACUUUAUAACAGUGACCCACAAUUCAUGAAUCACCUUCACUGUUGACCACUGUUCAUAUCAGCUGACCUGGAAUAUUGCUGUUCGGUUAAAAUGGUUGCUCAUUUAAAGUUAAACCCAAACCUGGUUCUAUAGGCAAUAGCUUAAAGCUAACAGGUUUCUAUAUGCUGUUAUUUCUCCUAUAUACUGUUUAUCUAUGUCUGUAGGUACUCCUGUUGAAUGAAGGCAAUCAAAGCAGACUUUUGCACUUUAAGUGUGAGUCUCUGUGUAUAUUAGCCCCUCAAGGAAGGGGAGCAAGCUAUGUAUGUUUGUAUGUUUGUAAGAAUGUAUGUAAGUAUGUAAUCAGGCUGUAUUUAUGUCAGAUGGAAGAAAAGAGCUGUCGUCUACUUUAACCUCACUCUCUUGCACUCACUAUUACGGAAGUGUAUUUCCAUAAACGGACUGUUAUCAAACUA